AUGUCCUGCCAGCUGCACCAGCACCUCCCUCCCCUCUACCAGGACUCCUUGGCGCUGCCCCCUGGUGUCCCCUUCCCGCCUCAGCGGUGGCACUCCACCACCUGCAUCCCCCAGGCCGCGCCCGGCCAGGUGGUGCCCCUGCAGCGGGCCACGUCCUCCAGCGCGUGCCACCAGCAGAGCGUCACCCAGGCCGUGCCACCCCGCCAGCUCCACGGACCCCUCCCGCAGCAGCAGAUUGUCCCCGGGCGGGUGACAACGUGCGCGCCACCGCAGCAGCGCGUGACCGGCGGCGCGGGCGUCACCUGGAGAGUGCCACACCAGGUGGGGGUGACCCAGUGCGUGCCACAGCAGCUGCGGGUGCCACAGCACUGCCCGCCCGUCCUCCAGCAGCAGAAGGUUGUCCCCAGGUGCGUCACCACCUGCGUGCCGCAGCAGCACGCGACGGGCGGCGCGGGUGUCACCGGCGUCACCCAGUGCGUGCCGCAGCAGCUGCAGGUGCCACCGCCCCAGUGCGUCCCCCAGCAGCAGAAGAUUGUCCCCAGGUGUGUCACCACCUGUGUGCCGCGGCCGCCGUUUGUCACCAAGGGCGUCCCGCCGCAGCAGAGUGCCACCAAGUGCGUCCCCCAGCAGUGUGUGACCAGCGUCUGUCCCCAGCAGGGUGUCCCCACGUGUGUCACCACCUGUGUCCCCCAGCAGCGGGCGGCCCGGGGCGUGUCCUACCAGUGGGUGACAGCGCCCGUCCCCCAGCAGUGGCAGAGUGUCACCGCUGGUGUCCCCCAGCAGUGGCACGGCAGGUGUGUCACCAAGUGUGUCCCGCAGCAGUGUGACACCGGUGGGGCCAGCAUUUGUGUCCCACAGCGGCAGCAGAGUGGGACAAUUUGUGUCCCACAGCAAAGUGUCACCAAGUGUGUCCCUCAGCAAAGUGCCACCAAAUGUGUUCCCCAGCAAAGUGCCACCAAGUGCGUCCCCCAGCAGAUUGCCACUAAAUGUGUCCCCCAGCAGUAUGGGACAAUCUGUGUCCCCCAGCAAAGUGCCACUAAAUGUGUCCCCCAGCACUACGGGACAAUCUGUGUCCCCCAGCAGUGUGUGACCAAGAGUGUCACUCAGCAAAGUGCCACUAAAUGUGUCCCCCAGCAGAGCGUGACCAAAUGUGUCCCCCAGCAGAGCGUGACCAAAUGUGUCCCCCAGCAAGGCAUAGCCAAGUGCGUCCCCCAGCAAAGCGCCACCAAAGGUGUCUCGCAGAAAUAUGGGACAGUUUGUGUCCCCCAGCAAAGUGCCACCAAGUGUGUCCCCCAGAAAAGUGUCAAGUGUGUCCCUCAGCAGUGUGGCACAAUUUGUGUCCCUCAGCAGAGUGCAACCAAGUGUGUCCCCCAGCAAAGCGCCACCAAAUGUGUCCCCCAGCAAUAUGGGACAAUUGGUGUCCCCCAGCAAUGUGCGACCAAGUGUGUCCCCCAGCAAAGUGCCACCAAAUGUGUCCCCCAGCAGUGUGUGACCAAGAGUGUCACCCAGCAGAGUGCCACCAAGUGUGUCCCCCAGCAAUAUGGGACGGUUUGUGUCCCCCAGCAGUGUGUGACUAAAUGCGUCCCCCAGCAAAGUGCCACCAAGUGUGUCCCUCAGCAAUACGGGACAAUUGUUGCCCCCCAGCAGUGUGUCACUAAAUGUGUCCCCCAGCAAAGGGCCACCAAGUGUGUCCCCCAGCAGUCCGGUGGAGUGAAGAUCUCCAGCCAUGCCAAGAAAUACUGCUCGGCCCCCAAGUGGCCCUGGUGACCCCCAGGGCGUGGGACGAGGACAAUCCCCGGGAAUGUGGCCACAAUUCCCAUUUUUUUUUAAGCCCUGACUCCCGCAGGGUCCCCAAAGAGCAAUUCCCCAAAAUGUCCCUCCUGAAGUUUUUAUUCUUUGGUUAAGAUAAAAACCACAACUUGAAAUGAAACCUCUUCAAAAUAACGAAAGUUCUAACAGGGUUAUUUUAUAAAUACUUCAUUAAAAAGGUAAUUAAUUAAAUUCUUUAUGCUGAAGAUGUGCACUGGAAACAAACUUUAUUUACAGAAAUAUAUUAAUAUUUACAUAUAUAUAUAUAUCUAUAAACUUAAAUAAACAUUGUUGCCUGACCUCGGAUUAAAA